AGGGAGACAUGGAUUCGGACAACCAGGACUGGUUCAUAAUGGUCUGCGCCAGCCGCAUAUCAGGCAUCCCUGCUGCUUUUUAUUUAUCCUUAGCGCUCACACCGACGUUCAUCUGAUCAUCAUCUGCUGUGACAUUUCUGUACGUUCUAUCGAAGCCAGAAAUCAGGGCAUGUGCACAGUUUAGUGAUCUGUUACACACACAUAUCUCGUAAUCCGCAUUCGGUCAAAUCCAUUCAGUAUGCGCUGGCCAAGUGUGUGUACUUUUUGCCUCUUGUAUCUAUUGCUCUGUUCUGUGUCAUCGGCCAAGGUUUUAGAUGUCGUGCCCGGCAGUUCAAGAUUUCCUUCCUCCCUUUCUUCUGGGGCACACUGUACACUACUGCCAUCGACGACUACACACAACAAGGCCCCUGUACCCACCUCUACAAGCUUUACACCUACACCUCACCUGGCGUCCAAUUACAUAAUACCCACCGCAACACCCACCGCUACCCAUCGCGGUUCUCGGCCGCACCGUCAUCACCGACUGUAUGCAGUAACCAUAUUCUUCAUCGUGGUCGGAUGCAUUUGUGCGAUUGCCUCCUUCCUUUGCUGCUUUCGUUGCUGGUAUGGCUGGUUCAGGACUCCGAGGCAAGAUGGUGUCGCAAUAUUGGUCAGUCGGUUCCGUAUUGACAGAGAAAUGGCCGAAUUGCAAAGCGAACCAAGGGGCUACUGGUCAUCGCAUCCUCCUCCUCCACCGUACCAGCCACCCCCUCCGCGAUAUGAGCCUACAGAAGGUUGUCCAACCUCUGAAAUUGGGGCAGAGCCAAUACCAUGACGAUGGACCGUAUACUAUCUCUUCCAAUCACAUGGGAAAGUGUGCUCGUCAUAUAGUUCAACAUCGGGGACCUGCUACGGGAGAUCGCGGUUACUUUUUGGGUAAGGACAGAUGAUGAUUUAGAACAAGGUUUAGAACAGUCUUUAGAACAGUCAUUUACGAUACUGAUCAGAUAUAGUUAGUCUAUGAACUUUUGGGUGGCAACUGUCAUAAUUGCACUUUCUUUUGUUUUGCUUUCACUAUUGGGUUUUAUCAUAUAUUUCCGUAGAGUCUAACACUACUACAACGAUUUCUCUCCUGCACAUCUGUAUAUAAUGUAAUUGGAAAUCCCAUUGCUUAUUUCGAUCAUUGACAGUA